AUGGUAAGUGAUUUGAGGAUUGUUCUGCUAGGAAAGAACGAAUCUGAAAACAGUGAAGUGGGAAACAUUAUACUGGAUACAACUGCGUUUCAGAGUAAAGCCCUGUCUUAUUCACAGCAUCUCAAUGAGAAAAUCAGUGGACAGGUGGAGAAGAGACACAUCACAGUCAUCAAAACUAACCUGCUGCAACCACAUCUCCCACAGCAUCAGAUAGUAAAGGGAGUGAGAGAAUGUGUGUCUCUGUCUGCUCCUGGACCUCAUUUAAUCGCACUCAUACUGCAGUAUAAGGACUUCACAAAGGAGGACAUGAAAAGUGUGUAUAAUGUGCUGAGUCUCUUCAGUAAGCAGGCCAUUAAACACACAAUAGUGGUGACAACUGAUGAAGACUCAUUUUCAUCCAAAAUCACCUCAAAGCUAUGGAAUAAUGUUAUUCAUAAUUUAAUAAAGGACUGUGGAGGAGGACAUCUUAAGUUUGAUUCAAAAGACUCAGGAUGGCGCUCUGAGAUUUUGAAAAGGACAGAGGAGAUACUCAAGAAAGAACAUGAAGAAUUUCACUAUUUUAGUUAUGAAGUUGUAAAAUAA